AACCAAUACUAUCAUCAAACUGUCAAGUCGUGUUAACUGAUAAACGUCACAAAAAACAUUUGCAAGUUUUAAUUUUAUUUAAUUGAACAAUUUUCUAAUUAAUUAAACCAAAAAAAUAUGGAAGAUUAUAAAAUAUCAGAAAAAGCAUAUGCAAAAAUAAUUUUUCACGCUGCCAAAUAUCCGCAUUGCGCUAUAAAUGGCAUCUUACUUGCUGAUAAAACCACAUCUGGCCGAAAUGAAUCUGUGAACAUUGUCGAUGCCAUUCCACUUUUCCAUCAAUGCCUUUAUGUUACUCCAAUGGUUGAAAUAGCACUUGCCCAGAUCGAAGCAAUGGCCGAUAGCCAAGACCUUAUCAUUGCUGGUUACUAUGGCGCAUCUGAAAAUUUCUACGAUGCCUCUGUGGAAAAAGUUCCAGCUGGAAAAAUUGCCGAUAAAAUUCAGGAGAAUUUCAAAAAUGCAUGUUUUGUUGUGAUUGAUAACAAAUUCGUGUGUCACGCAGCUGAGAAACCAGCAAUUAAGGUAUUCUCUCACGGCGAAGGACACUGGAAGAAAGCAUCAUUUGCUUUAGUCCAUUGUCAGAAUACAUUGGAUGCUGUUAAGGCACUACUUAAACGAGGUGCCAUGAAAGACAUUGUCGAUUUUGAUAAUCAUUUGGACAAUCCAGAAAAUGAUUGGACAAAUCAAUUUUUGAAUAGAGAUUUAAAGCAGAUUAUGGCAAUGUAUUAGGAUUUUUGAGAGGGUAUUCCUUUUUUUAUAGCAAAUGUAUUUAGGUGUUAGCAUUUAAACCAAAUAACGUUUUUAUGUAAAAUCAAAUAAAUAAGAAAGUUUAGAAAAAGA